AUGGCUGAAAAACCUUCUGACACAUCAGAUAAUCAACGUUUGAAGCAGAUGUUUUGCCAUUUAACACCUAAAAAAGCUGUUGUUCCAUAUACAAUGGCAUUUGAUGAUAAAAAAAAUAUAUGGAUUGCAUCAAAAGGAGGUUUAUUUAAAUUAUCACCAGAUGGAAAAAAAGUUUUAUGGAGUAAAGAAAAUGCCUUUCCAAAAAAAAUGUCUGCAUAUACACAGGUAGUUUUUCAUAAAUCAAAAAUAUACCAUAUACAAAAUGAAGAUAAAACAGGAUUAUCUGAACUUAAAAUUUAUUCAACAUCUGGUGAGGAGCUUCAUGAUUCAUUUAUAGAUGGUAGAGUACAAAGUUUAGUAAUUAGUUCAAAUGAUCAAAUGUACAUAACAAAACAAGCUGAAACUGGACAGGAUGAAUUUUUUAUUUAUACAACAUCAAUUGAUAAACCAACAAGAUGGGAUGAAUUGGUUGUUUUGGAUGAGAAAGCUUUCCAAACAUUGUGCUUGUAUGAUGAUAAUACAUUAGUUGUAUCUACUGUUAGUGUACCAAUAAACAUGUACUCAAAAGAAUGGUUAAGAUUUGUUGAUAUUAAAGAAAAAAAAUUAAGUCCACCAUUCUCUUCACAUGGAAAAGAUGAGGGACAGAUUUAUUUUCCAAGAGCAAUAAAAAGAUAUGAAGAUGAUAUAAUUAUUUUUGACAAAACUGGGAAAUUUCAAAAAUUUAAUAGACAGGGUAAAUAUCUUGAAACAUCAGCCACAAUAGAUGCCUAUCUUGGUAAUGGAUUUGAAAUAGUAGGAGAUGAAGCAUGGAUAAUUUGUAGUGGGAUUGUCUAUGAUGAGUCUCAAGAAACAAUUUGUGAUGAUUGGUUAGAAAAGAUCACACUUGAUGGUAGUUCAUGGAAAAGUGAAAGACUUCGUGAUCAAUAA